CUGGGUUCUGGGACAAAACGACUUGGCUGCGAUUGAAAGCCAACAUGCAGGAAGUAGCUAGUAACCUGAUCUGCUUGCUGGUUGGAUUAGAAACAGGUGCACCAUCUUGAAAAGGUGCAAGAAGUUAAAAAUAGAUUUGAUUAAACAGUUUUAGUUUUGGAGAUUUUUUAGCCAAUCUAAAAUGCAAAAAAGAACUAAAAAAUGGUUGUACAAAGAGGUUAUUACAGCAGCAAUUACGACAGUUUCGUGAAGGCCGUAUACUUUUUGACGUGCGGAUCGUUGCGGUUCGGUUACCCAUGCUAUAUAACGCGUAAAAUUGGGGCCGUGGGUUAUUCAGUAAACACAAAUUAUGAGUCAGAGUGUUUGAAACAAUUGUUGGAGUUGUGUUAGUGCGGGCGUCCGCAGAAACUCGAAACUGAUAGAUUGUGUUUACAAGUUUCCGCCUCUGAAGUCUUAUCCGUUUCACUCAUGCGGCAAUGUAGGAGAGAGAUGAAAUACGCGAUUCCAUGAGAAAAUAAAUGUCCGACUGUUUUGCAGGCACCUGCUGAUCGCAGAAAUAGUUGAUUCGACAUUUUCGUGACAAGAGAGCGCUUUGUUGAGUCGUCAGCAAAACAACGCGAGUACUGUUCAGCCAAAUCGCAUUUUAACCAACGGUGUCUUAUAUGCCUGCAGCAGCAGUUAGCGAAAACGGCAAAAACAUCAAGACACAAAGAAACACUUGAGAAUAGGUUUAAUGCUGAAUUUUUCUUUACAUUUUCAAUCUAGUAGUAACCACGUAACAGCGCUUUAGGGUCAGGAGCGAUCGUUAGAAAAAGUCAAGUUUUGCUCAGAAAGAGUAUAUUUGUUUCGUUUCAUUUCAUUGCAGCAUAGCAAAGAUUUUUCUGUUUUUUUUACGUUAGAAAAGAUUUCGCUGCAUUUUACAAAGCCUUUGUAUCCCAAGACAAAUAGAGAGCUGUCAACACAGCAGUUUCCUUUGGUUGGUAUCUGGUUAGCAGGCGUUAUACUUCGACGUGUACCGCCAAACGUGUUAAACAAACUUGUCGUCGGGCUUUCCAAACAGAAACUGCUUUCUUGUUCCCUUGCAACUUCCCGAACUUAACAAGUUAAGAAAGUUAACCGACAAAGGUUUUAUGUGGCCGUAUUUACGUUUAUUUCUUUGUUUGAAUGAAUGAAUGUAGCUGCUAUAUCCUUGUGUGGCCGAAAAGCGACAGUCGUUAUACCACGGGUGUCCAAACACCUCGUUCCUGCUUACGAUUUAUCAAGUGUGUUAUUUGUAGCUUUGCUUGCGGUUGCAUGUUUGGCCGCAAGCUGUAUCGGUCAAAGCAGAAGAAGAGAACCCCUCGAUAUUCGCGGUAAAAUCAGAGGGAAUAUUACCGGGGAUACAUACACACCUGAUUUGACGGGUAUUACGCCCGGGUCAUCUUCCCUCGCGUUUGUGUUUGACGUGACGGGGUCAAUGUGGGAUGAUCUGAAGCAAGUGAGGGGAGGGGCAGCGCAGAUUCUCGAAACCACAAGGAAUAGACAGGAGAAGCCACUCUUCAAUUACGUCUUAAUCCCAUUUGCGGAUCCUGUGGUUGGGCCGAUCAGCGUCACUACAGACCCGGCAACGUUCAUCACCGCCUUGAAAGGUUUAUACGUGGAGGGAGGGGGCGAUUGCCCUGAAAUGACCAUAUCUGCUAUCCGCGAAGCGUUGGUAAUUUCUCUUCCCGGGUCUUUUAUCUACGUUUUCACGGACGCUCGAUCGAAAGAUUAUUUACAAGUGCCGGAAAUUCUACAGAUUAUUCAACGGAAACAGAGUCAGGUCGUAUUUGUUCUCACUGGCGACUGCAAUGAGCGUGACCACGAUGGGUAUCGAGCCUAUGAAAGAAUUGCUGCUACAAGUUCUGGACAAGUUUUCCAAAUCAGCAGAGAACAAGUGUCUGAGGUGGUUGAAUUCAUCCGUGUUUCAGUUCAAGCUCACAAAGUGAUGUUGUUAUCCACUGAUCAUGAUACUCCUUCACCUUCACAACAUGAGUGGGUUCUCCCUCUUGAUCCAAACCUAGAAGAACUGACUUUAUCUAUCAGUGGACCUGAUCCAUUGUUGUCCAUAUUCGACCCAGAUGGAAUAGAAAUAACCGAACAAACUGGCCUCAUACCUCAGCUUGACCUUGAACAAGUGUUUAUUGGAACAAUAACUGAACCUAAACCUGGUUUAUGGCGCAUUGUGGCGGGUAGCAGUGGUGAACACACACUGCGUGUAACAGGGCUUUCUACACUGGAUUUUCAAGCAAGAUUCUCAAGAAAACCAACUCUUAAUUGGACAGACACUGAAUAUCAACCAGUGGCAAAUAUUCCAUCCUACAUAUUACUGAAUGCAACUGGCCUAAACCAACCUGGUCGUUUUAAAAGAAUGAAACUUCUGGAUAUUGCUGGUCGUCCUUUAAGGACUCUUCGUUUAGGAACACCCCCUGACCCCAACCAGCCAUACCUAUAUACAGUAGAACCUUUCAUGACACCCGAUGUUCCAUUCUAUAUUGCUGUGGAAGGAAUCACAGACGAUGGAUACAACUUUAUUCGAACGACUAAAAAUGCAAUUCUUAACAUUAUUCCAACUGCCCCUGUGGUUCAAGUAAAAGCCAACCAACCUGGAUAUUUUGACUACCCAGUUGAAAUACCAUGCAAUAUCACCAGUUUGUUGCCGUACCACGUACAAUGGAGCAGAGAAGUGAACGGAAUAUAUGUUAACCUGCAUUCACCAAGGCUGUAUCUGGAUUCUGCCACUGAUUAUUAUGUAAUUGAUGAAGUUUCUGAAGCUUCAGAAGGAAUGUAUCGCUGUUAUGCUAACAACUCUGAAGGGAAUGAUUAUGGAUUGACAUUUCUCGAUGUGGAAGAACGACCGCCCGUAGUUACAACUGAUGGUAAUGUAACAGUUACACCCGGUAACAGUGUCGUGCUCACAUGUCAUAUCCAGAGUAAUGUUCAAUAUUCACUAAGAUGGUCAAGAGUUGAUGGAAGAAAUUUGGACAGAAGAAGAAUCCGAAAAUUACGGAACGGUUCUCUUUUAAUUCAACGAGCAAUGCCAGGAGAUGAGGCGGGAUAUCAAUGUACGGCUGUAAAUAUCGGCGGAGAAUCAAAUGAUGUUAUCGGACUUAUUGUGCAACGACCACCCACCGUGAUAAUACGACCUUCCCAGAAGUCAACCUUCUCAGAAGGAGGGAGAAUUCGCAUCAGAUGCAAAGCAAAUGGCUUGCCUCGUCCCAAACUAAAAUGGCUCAAAGGAUCAAACUACCUUUUUGACAUUGGUAAAAUAAGGAUAAGUCGCAGUGGUAACCUGCUUGAAAUAAUCAACGCGAAUCAAGAAGAUGGAGGUUUAUAUACUUGCCAAGCUACUAACAGGGCAGGGACGGACCAGGCAUCUGUGGAAUGGGUGUUUACUGAGCACCCAGUAGUUCAAAUACCUGAACCUGAGAUGUUGGUGUUAGAGGGCACUACUGCCACCUUGAGGUGCGUAACCAGUGGUGUGCCACCACCAGUGGUGCUGUGGAGCAAGGAUGGAAAUAACAUUGUUGCCGGUCGUUCGUUUGAAAUAAAUGAAGAGGGAAGUUUAGUGAUUCUCCAAGUUGCACGAUCUGAUGCUGGUGUGUUUGUGUGCACUGCGCGCAACCCGGGAGGUAGUGACCAUGGCAACAUUACACUCACUGUUGGAAGCCUUCCACUGUUUGUUGAACCUCUACCUCACGAUAUUGGAGUUGACUUUGGUUUUGAUGCAAGCAUACCAUGCAAUGCAAUCGGUAAUCCUGAGCCCACAGUUACAUGGCAUAAGGAGGAUCCUGACUCAGAUGAAUAUAAUGUGAUGGGUGAAGCUGAUCUACUGCUAAGCAAUAUUCUAUCUAUAUCAUCAGUAGAAUUAGAUGAUGGUGCUACAUACAUAUGCACAGCUACUAACAGCUUUGGCAGAUCAACUACAACUGCUCAUGUGACCAUUACUGGAACAGCCCACCCUGAAGUUGAUGUAGGAGACCUAAGACCUCAUGUUAUCGUCGGGGAAACUAUUAUCAUCCCAUGUCGUAUAGUAGCGGGGAAUCCACGUCCAAUACAAAGAUGGAAACGACGCAGAGUUGCUUUUAACCCAACUGGACGUGUUUAUAUAAAUGAAGCAAGUAGUGUUGUUAUCACACAAGCUGUAACAUCGGAUGCUGGAGCUUACUUCUGCCAUGCAACUAAUGUAAUUGGGCAUGAACAGGGGAGGGUGGACCUUGAUGUGUGGGUCCCACCCACUAUAACGAGCACGGACACUUUAUUCACCACCAUCGAACACAUUCCUGUGUCAAUGCAGUGUGUGGCUACCGGGAAUCCAGAACCCGUAGUUGUAUGGAGGAAGGAUGGGGAUCCAAGACCCCUAAACAAACUCAGUGGUUACGAGGUAAGUGGAGACGGUACCCUCACUAUUCUUAAUCCUGAUCAUGAAAAUGAAGGAAGUUAUUCCUGUCAAUCAACCAAUGCAGCUGGUGUUGAUUCAUUUGACGUUCAUCUUGAAAUUUAUUUGAGACCCCAAGUUGACAGUUCUGUUGAUGAUUACAUCGUCACAAUUGGUCACUCGGUGACACUACAGUGCGACGUAUCAGAUAGUGACCCCCCGCCCACAUUCACAUGGAGAAAAGGUGAGGAGAGCAUCACUGGAGAUGAGGAUGGCAUCAGUAUCACUGCUGAUGGGAAUCUUACUUUGUCUUCGGCAACUUUGGAUGAUGCAGGCAGUUAUACAUGUGUUGCAACCAACAUUGCUGGAUCUGCUGAGAAGAACGUAAGAUUGACGGUUCAAGUCCCACCAUCGAUACGAAGAGGGCCAACCCUGGUUAAGGUUUUAAAAUCGGAGACAGCUUCACUUCAGUGUCAAGCUACUGGACUUCCCACCCCUACCAUUACAUGGAGCAGAGGAAAUGUUCUUAUUGACGAAAAUUUUAACGAACGUUUCACAUCACUGAAUGGAGCUGGAACAAGCGAGCUUCGCAUUCGAAACACACAACUAAGCGAUGAUGAUCUCUAUGUUUGUAACGCUGUCAACCCCGCUGGCCGUGACUCGUCAUCCGUGACGCUUGACGUCCAAUCACGACCCAGUCUUGACCUCCUAGAUAUUUGCGUCCCAUCAGUGACCAACAACAACUGUACACUCACCCCUGUAGAACUUGGUAGGUUGACUUUACCAUGCAAUGCUAGUGGUGAUCCAAGACCAACUAUAAGAUGGUACCACGAUGGUGAAGAAUUAAAUGGUAGAGAUCCUAAUGUAGAUAUAGAUGCUGAAGGAACAUUGACAUUAUAUGUGGUGACUGCUGAUCAUAAUGGACAGUAUGUUUGUGAGGCUGAGAAUGAAAGAGGAAUUAUUCGGAAAGUGACAGAUGUUUUGGUACUUGAGCAUCCGGACAUCAAGGGAGGAGGAAACGUAGAGCGGAUCACUGUGUUGGAGGGGGAGGAUGUUGAUCUUACCUGUGAAGCAGAUGCUGUUCCUCCUCCUACCAUCACUUGGUAUGGAGGAGAGGAUCAAACUCAGACGGUGUUAGAAGAACGUGAACACAUUGAGUUUAUAGAGAAUGGUCAAACUUUCCGUAUAACAAGUGCUAGAGUAUCAGACACUGGAUUAUAUAAGUGUACAGCUGUUAAUAAAGUGGGGGAAACACAUAAGUUUAUAAGAUUGGACGUAUAUGUCCCACCAACCAUAAGAGAUAAUGAAGUUGUUUCCGUUCAAACUGUUGUUGUUGAUGAAUCCAUUGAUUUACAUUGUUAUGUUGAUGGUAUUCCUUUUCCUGCAAUAAGGUGGUACACAGGUGUAAAUGAGGUCAUACCAGAUGAUGAAAGAGUUCAAUUUAUCGAUCGCGACCAAACCCUUCGUAUAAACUCAGCAUUGGUAUCUGACACUGGUUCAUACAAAUGCAUUGCAACUAAUGUGGCUGGAGAAAGCUCUAAAGAUUUUGACCUAAAUGUCCACGUACCACCAUUUAUAAAGGGAAAUGAUGAAAAUCAUGUCGUUACAUUGGAUACAACACUGGUUCUUCGAUGUUUAACGAAUGGGAUUCCGAAGCCUGCCAUCGUGUGGACACUUGACGAUGACCCGAUCACAUCCCGAGCAGGGAUGAGGAUCGUGCAGGAUAACCAGGUGAUUGAGUUCUCCAACAUCCAGAUUGACGACGUAGGUGAUUAUCAAUGCACGGCAACAAAUGAAGCAGGAACAGCCACCAAGAAUCACAACGUCAUUGUGCAAGUUCCUCCAAGUAUAUCUGGCGAGGAAUCGAACAACGUCACCGUGACACUAGGUGGAGCUGUAACAAUCACUUGUGAUGCGUCAGGGGAUCCCCCUCCAACCAUUGUUUGGUUAAAAAAUGGAACUCCGUUAUUUGGAUCAGAUGAAAGUAUUACCAUCAGUGAGGAUGGGACAAGCUUAUCUAUGUCUGAGGCCGUUGAGUCUGACCGAGGUCAAUAUUCUUGCGUGGCUUCCAACGAUGUAGGGGUUGUAACUCAUAACUACAACCUUGACGUUCUCGUGCCACCUGUCAUCAGCAAACCUAACGAACGAGUGUCAUCUGUUGUGCAUCAGACCAAAACCUUGCAUUGUGAUGUUUAUGGACAUCCAUUCCCAACUAUAAGGUGGUUUGUUUACGGCCAGCCAGUGUUGGAAAGUGAUCGGAUUUCCAUUGAAAAUCGUGGUCAGAAUUUGGAGAUUUCUGACGUUCAAGUGUCUGACGCUACCAGAUAUACAUGCGUGGCAAGCAAUAUUGUGGGGAGGGCAAAUAAACUUGUUACGCUUAAUGUACAUGUACCUGCUACUAUCAUUGAGCCAGUAGAAAACAUGGUAGAACACACUGUAGUCGAGGGCCAACGUGCUGAACUAACUUGUGUAGCAACUGGUAUACCACUUCCAAGAGUCACUUGGCUAAAAGAUGGAAUUUCUUUGAACAAAGCUAAAUAUUUAAAGGUAAAAGAUCGGGGCAAAGUUCUCAUAAUAUCAAAAGCUGAUGUAAACCACCACGAGGGAAGAUAUGAAUGUGUUGCAAAUAAUGGUGUGGGAGAUGAUAGCAGGCAAAUGACUCUCGUUGUUCAUGUUCCCCCAGUAAUAUUUGGCCACUCGAGGGACAGAACGAAGGUGAUCAACAUCGGAAGAUCAGAAGUUUUGGAAUGUCGGAUCAAAAAAGGAAAACCAACCCCGGAAAUUAAAUGGUACAACCAGGACAACCAGUUGAUCAAUGCUUCUCGUGGCAUUGUGUUCACUAACGGUAGACAACGCCUUCAUAUACUUAGUGCACAAUUAUCCCAUGUUGGUAACUACUGGUGUGAGGCUACCAACAUUGCUGGCAAGUCAAGGAAAGAUUACACCUUGGAUGUUAUUGUUCCCCCCUCCAUCCGUGGUUCUGGAGAAACAACGAAAGUUAGCGUGGUUCUUAAUAAUGACAUCACAAUGGAGUGUCAGGUCGAGGGAAUCCCCACACCCACUGUAACAUGGAGGAAAGAUGGACAACCCGUCACCUCGUUACGUGUCGGACAGCAUCAAAUAUCAGCAGGUGGUACAAGGCUUACGGUGUCAGAUGCAUUGGAAAGUGAUGCUGGCAGAUAUCAAUGUUUGGCAGAUAAUAACGCUGGAAAUGCAACCAAAGAUUUUCUACUGGAUGUUUACUUACCACCGAGUAUUGGUGGUGAUUCCGUUGUGAACAUAACUGUUGUUGAAAAUACCCCGGUUCGAAUGUUAUGCGACGUUGAUGCUUUUCCACCACCAGCUAUUACUUGGUUCAAAAACUCAAGACCAUUCUUGUUGCACCCUGGCGUCACGUUAUCAGAUGGGGAUAGACAGCUGGAUAUACGUUGGGCGCAUGAGCAAGAUACAGGCAUGUUCCAUUGUGAAGCCGUCAAUGUCGCCGGUAGAAAGAAAAAAUACUUUAGAUUGAAAGUUCUUGUUUUGCCAACAAUUUCAGGCCAACAGUUCAACAGACAAAGACAUGUUGUUGGGGACCGUAUUCGAAUGAUGUGUGAUCCCGAUGGUGUGCCCAUACCAACUAUUACAUGGACCAAAAAUGGCGAAGAUAUUGAUACAGAUACUGACGUCCAAUCUGAAGGCAGAGUUUUGGUCAUACAGUCAGCUCAGGUUUCGCAUACUGGGGAAUUCGUAUGCAAUGCAACUAACAUAGCGGGCACCGAUACCAAGCAUUAUGACAUCACAGUGUUUGAACCACCGCAUAUAGUCGACAAUGACGUCAUGAACACGAUACUUGUGAACCAGGGGGAUGGGUUUAGGUUGGAAUGUGUGGUGACUGGAACACCUACCCCUGAUAUUGUAUGGUUGAAAAAUAGAAGAAGGAUUUCCCAAUAUUUUGACAGAGCUACAAUAAGGGAAGGCGGUCGAUUCCUGUUGAUUGACAGCUCAGAGGUUGAAGAUGCUGGUAGAUAUACUUGCUCGGCAAGCAACAGUGUGGGGGUGGAGGAUAAACAUUAUCAAGUUAAUGUUAGAGUACCCCCAUCUAUUCGUGACAAUGACAUCAUACAGGAUUUGUGGGUGGCUGAGGGUCAUAACAUUUCACUGACAUGCGACGCAGAUGCCGUGCCACCCCCUACCAUACAGUGGCUUGUCAAUGGAGUUUUGUUAGUUCCAAAUCCAAGAGUUCGUGAACAAUCUGGUGGCCGUGUGUUGCUUGUUUCAAAUGCUCAUGAAGAUGAUGCAGCAGUUUACUCAUGUGUUGCCACCAAUGUAGCGGGCAGCUCGUCAAGGGAUAUAAGACUUGAUGUAUAUGCAACGCCAACCAUACCCGAUAGUGACGUCACAGAGGAGUUACAUCCCAACCGAGGACGUCCGUUCAGAUUAUCUUGUCCAGCGAGGGGAUACCCCCAACCCAAGAUUGAGUGGUACAAAGAUGGUUUCCGAAUUGCUUCCACGGCGACAGAAGGUUUUGUAACCUCUGGUUACGAGUUGUCGGAAAGUGGUCAGUACCUCACUGUUGGAGCGGCAGAACUUCGUCACACGGGGGCUUACAUGUGCCGAGCAACGAACAACGCAGGAGAAGUCGCAAAGAAAAUAAACGUGGAAGUUCGAGUCCCACCAAGCAUUAACGAAGAUGGAAGUUCCCCCAGUGAUGUCACAAGCCACAUUAACACCCCAACGUUACUCAGAUGUUCAGCGUAUGGUAUACCAUCACCUACUAUACAGUGGUUAAAAGAUGGCCAAGCAAUUGACACCAACAGCGAAAAUAUUGUCGUACAGUUUGGUGGACGAUACCUUCGUAUCUCAAACACCCAUCUUUCUGAUGAAGGGACAUACACUUGUAUUGCAAGUAACGCAGCUGGUGAUGUGAGCAGAAACAUCAACUUGCAUGUUAACGUGCCUCCGGUGAUAGAGGGUUCGAACGAGUUAUUCCCCACAGCAGUAGGUGUACCUACCAACCAUACAAUAUCAUUGACGUGCAUCAUUGAAGAAGGUAACCCCUUCCCUGACAUCGUGUGGCGAAAAGGAAGGACUGAGCUACAAGCCAGCGGUCGUGUAAGUUUUCUUUCCAAUGGUCAACUACUUGAGAUAGAAGGCAGUCGAACAUCAGACACGGGCAGAUAUACUUGCUUUGCCAGAAACUCAGCAGGGGAGGAUAGCAAGUCAUUUGAUGUGGAAGUUCAGACGCCCCCUACCUUCCCUGGUGGAGAUGAAGUAACAGACAUCGAUAUAAAUGAAGGAUCCCCCCACCUUAUUCACUGCAAGAUAACUGCUGUACCAUUACCUGAACUAACUUGGUUAAAGAAUGGAUAUCCAAUAUCAGAAAGUGAUGACGUUUUUAUAUUUCCUGGUGGAAGGACUCUGCAAAUCAACAGUGCUAAACCAUCAGAUGAGGGGUUAUACACUUGUGUUGCCACCAAUGAGAUCGGCAGUGACGAAAAAAAUACGCGAGUGAAAGUGAACGUACCUCCUACUAUAGGAAAUGGAAUCGGAAACAAUAUUCCUGAAAAUGUUGUGGCUUCGCUUGGUGAACCUUUCACUUUAAGAUGCCCUGUAACUGGAAGCCCCACCCCAGUAAUAACUUGGUAUAAAAACGGUCGUUCCAUCGACUUAGCUGAUGACAGGUUUGAUGUACAAGGUGAUGGACAAAUACUUACAAUACUGUCAUCUGAGGUAUUAGACAAUGGGCAUUAUGAUUGUCGAGCAAAGAACAAAGCUGGUGACGACAACAAAGUAUUUGUCGCAAAUGUUCGCGUUCCUCCUAAUAUUUCUGGCCCACCACGUGAACAAAGGAUUGCGUUUGAAAACACAGCAGUGGUUAUGCUAUGUGAUGCAUCUGGUGUGCCUGAACCGUCCUUGACAUGGUUAAGAAAUGGAGUUUCAAUUUCAAACAAUCCAAAGUACUCCGUCCUCUCCAAUGGAAGGUUAAUGAUCAUCAUCAGUGUACAGAGGACCGAUGAUGGGGAAUUUACUUGUGUUGCAUCCAAUGUAGUCGGGCAGGCUCGUAAAACAUAUGAAGUGAUAACAUAUGUAGCACCAGUGUUGCCCACUACAUCUGGUGAUAUUACAGUUGAUAUUGGUGAAACGGCAACACUGAGUUGUGAGAAUGACGCUGUACCGACACCGAGUGUUAAGUGGAGCAAAAGUGGAGUUGAACUGAAUGACGAACUGGGUGAAGAUCAGGGCAAAGUUGCAAUAUCCGAGAAUGGUCAUCUCCUUAUUAUAUCCGAUGCACAGGAAGAUGACGUUGGUCGAUAUCUUUGCAUUGUUUCAAAUGAUGCUGGCAUUCAAUCCAAAAAUUUCAAAGUUUCCGUCAACGUCCCCCCCACUAUCUCUGGCCCGCCAUUGGUCAAUCUAACUUCGACCCUCGGUAACCCCGUGACCCUUGACUGCGAUGUUUACGCUGUUCCCACGGCAACCAUCACAUGGAUGAAAGAUGGCAGAAUCGUCCAAUCAAAUAACAGAGUCACCAUUUUAUCGGGAGGCACUUCACUACAAAUAAGUGAGAGUGCGGUUCAUGACACAGGUUCUUACAGCUGCCAUGUAACCAAUGUUGCUGGGAAUGCUAAGAAACAACAGAAUCUUGUGGUACAUGUCCCACCUUCUCUUGUGACAUCACAAACCAAUGUUGAAGUAGUCCGAGGAGAAGACGCUGCACUUGAAUGUCUAGCAACAGGGAUACCUCAUCCUACAGUAGCUUGGUAUAGGAACGGAGCUUUAGUUGAUGAAGGAGCAUCUGAGAACUUGGAGCUCACUAAUAAUGGAUUGGUUAUACAUAAUGCUCAAGUAUCAGAUGGUGUUGAAUAUGUAUGUGAAGCAAACAACAUUGCUGGAGAAGAUACUGAGAGUUUUAACGUGGUUGUUUUGGUCCCACCAUCACUUGGUGAUACUAAUUCAUCAUUAGAUACAUUGGUGGUUAACGUUGGCGAACCAGCACUCCUAGAAUGCCCCGUCGUUGGGGGAAUUCCCCCGCCUACCAUAUCGUGGCUACGAAGCGGAAUUCCCCUUCAAGUAUCAGACAGACAUCAACUGUUGAAUGGAGGUCGCACACUUCGGUUGCCUCAUACGCAGGAAUCUGACACGGCUCGUUACACGUGUGUUGCUACUAACGACGCAGGACGAGUGACGCACGACUUCGAUCUUAACGUUCAAGUUCCGCCUAUGUUCCAUUCCGAUACGGGUGGUGAAAUUACUGUGUUCGUCGGUGAUACUAUAACCCUUGACUGCACUGUGCUUGGUACCCCGCAACCUGAAGUCGCCUGGAGCAAGGAUGAAUCUGCAUUAAGGGGUUUGUCAUCAAACGCAAACAAUCGUGUUCGGUCGAUAAUAAACAACCAACAAUUGUUGAUAAGAGAGGUAGAGAUAGGUGAUACUGGUCGAUAUACUUGCUUGGCCGUUUCUGUGGCUGGGGAGAAAAACAAAAACUUUGAUUUAAAUGUUUAUGACCUUACCACCAUUGAUGGUUCAGAUGAAACACCCCAGAUAAUUGUAGAUGUUGGCGAUACAAUAGACCUUGCAUGUAAUGCUCAUGCUGUUCCUAUACCUGCGUUGUCAUGGAUUAAAAAUGAAGACGCUUUGAUUGACAGGUCAAGAGUGUUGGAUAAUGGACGCCGCAUGUACGUACACAGUGCACAGUUAUCAGACAGCGGUACAUACACAUGUAUUGCAACAUCACCGGCAGGUGUGGUGGAAAAAGACUUUGACGUAAUAGUUCAUUUACCACCCACAAUAUCCGAUGGUAACAACGUGACGGCAGUUGUAGGCGAAAACGUGACAAUCGAAUGCGAAUCUAAUGCUGUUCCCCCUCCUACAUUAAGCUGGCUAAAAGAUGGAAUACCGUUAAACUUUGAUGAAAAAUACUUAGAACUGACCAAUGUACAAGUGUUUGACUCAGGCAUAUACACAUGCGUUGCAUCGAAUAUUGCAGGUACGACAUAUGAAGACACCAAGUUAUCAGUAUACCAACCACCAAGCAUAUUAGAUGGACCAACCACUAUAAUUGCAAAUAAAGAUGACACAGUUCAACUACCAUGUAUUGGUACAGGAGUGCCAGAACCAAGGAUUUCAUGGAGGAAAGACAGCCAGCUCCUCUUCACUGCUCCUCGAUAUACUUUCCAAGAUGAAGGAUCGCUCCUGGUGGAGAGAGUGGAGGUGGAGGAUGCGGGAAGAUUUGUUUGUCUCGUUUCCAACCUCGCAGGAUCAGCAAGGAGAGUAAUCACCCUCAUUGUACAAGUCCCUCCCGUGAUAGCAGUUGGUGAUACGAACGUCACGGUAACCGUGAACAAUCCCGUGACCUUGGACUGUGAAGUGAGCGGUGAACCGGAACCUCAGGUCACAUGGUCAAGAAAUGGGAUAAAUCUCAAUGUUGAAUCGGACCCUUCUUUCACCCUCCUGGGCAGUGGAUCACUACGCAUUGCAUCUUCCUCUAUUGGUGACUCAGGUUACUACAGAUGUAGUGUGAGGAAUCCUGCUGGAAUUGCUUACAGAGAUAUUUCCCUCUUUGUACAAGUACCACCCAGUAUAUCAAACGCACCAAGCAAAUACACAAGGGAACCAGAUACAUAUUUACGAAUCCCAUGUGAUGUUAGUGGCACACCUACUCCAACAGUUACAUGGACAAUGAAUGGGAAUAGUAUUGAUGGUUUACCGGGUGUAGAGGAAGACAUAGCGCAUGGUUUGGUUAUAACUUCAAUUAAUCUCCAACAUGAUGGGUUGUUUGUAUGUUCGGCUCUUAACCCAGCAGGCCAGGCAAGAUACGAAGCCGAUGUCGAAGUGCGAGUCCCACCCACAGUUGCAGGUGACACUGUGGAGUUGACGGUGUAUGAAGGCGACCCCAUUUCCCUUCCAUGUGAAGCAUCAGGUACGCCACAACCAACAGUAACUUGGAGGAAAGGACCAGUAGCUGUACAGCUGGGAGAUCGGAUUCUACAACAAUCGGAUAACAGUUUGUUCAUAUAUACAUCAGAAACAACAGACGUUGGUACAUACACAUGCGUGGCACAGAACGGGGCAGGAGUUGCCUCUCAUGAUGUUCUGCUCGAUGUUUACACCAAACCUGUGUUUCAAACUGACUUCCCUGAUUCAAGAACUGUGGUAGUUGGUGAGUCUCUGCUGCUACCAGUGGUACCACAGGGACAUCCAGACCCAUCAAUAACUUGGAGCAAAAAUGGAAGAUUGAUUGACACAGAAGAUGGUUCACUACAGAUAUCUAUUGUAUCGCUGGCAGAUGAAGGAUUGUAUUCUGUGACUGCUCAAAACCCCGCUGGUACGGCAACUCGUUACUUCCGACUUAUUGUUAACGCACCACCGAGCAUAGAUGCAAUCCACGGCACUGACAUUGUGGUCGACCAGGGUGAACAACUAGCACUAGGUGUCGCUGUGGAGGGAAAACCAAGACCCGACGUUACUUGGACAAAAGAUGGACAAGUGAUUGAUGUGAAUGAUCUUCGAAUUCGAGUUCGUAACGACGGGUCGCUCACUGUACAUGAUGCAAGGUCAAUUGACACCGGGCAUUAUGUGGCAACUGCUCUCAAUUUAGCUGGACGGAAUUCUGUCGAAUUUGAUGUUCUUGUCCAAAUCCCACCCACACUAACUGAACAACCUUCAGACCAAAACAUCCACUCAGGUGACACAUUAACACUUGUAUGUGCAGCUACUGGUGUUCCUGUUCCUACAAUCACAUGGAAACUCAACAACCAGAUAGUUCCCGGGCAAGCCACAACACCUGAUGCUCCUGGGAGAAGCAGGUUGGUGAUAGAAAACGUUCGCAGGCAAGACGCAGGAAUGUAUGGUUGUGAAGCUCGCAACCCUGCUGGUGCAAGGAUGGCUGUGGCAUUCGUAACAGUAGAGUCCCCACCCCGCUUUAUAGAUGAGCUACCACCAACACAAAUUGAUCAACUUGGAAGCAAUUCCUUGUUAGAUUGUCCGGUGCAAGCAGAUCCUGACCCAAGUUUUAGGUGGACUAAAGAUGGCCAGGAAAUUGUAAGCAGUAACAGAGUCCAUCAAUUCCCAAACGGGUCGCUUAUAAUUUACCGAACCAUUAUAUCGGAUGGUGGGGAAUAUACUUGUAUUGCUUUUAAUGGAGCUGGGAGUGUUGAUAGGAAAGUGAAUUUAGUUCUUGAGAUGGCACCAAGAUUUGUUCUUGAACCUGAGAAUAAGAUAACAGAUGCUGGGAAUAACGUGGUGUUGGACUGCCAAGCUGUGGGUGAACCUACCCCUGAUAUAAGUUGGACAAAAGGUUCGCGAGCGUUACCUCAAGACGACCGGUUCUCAGUGUUGCGCAAUAAUUCCUUGCGAAUUGUUGCAAGUAGAUUGGAGGACACUGGUGAAUAUGAAUGUCUUGCAAGUAACUUUAUGGGAAGGAAUUUAGCAAAGGCACUCAUUACUAUAAGGGUAAAUGGUGGUUUCGCUCGAUGGCGAGCAUGGGGUGCGUGUUCAACCACAUGUGGAUCAGGAUUACAAAUUCGACAACGUUCAUGUAAUAACCCCCCACCAGCUAAUGGGGGAAGAGAAUGCUCCGGGUCAGAAGUUGAAUCAAAGAAUUGUCACCAAGGACCUUGUCCAAUUCACGGUGGUUGGAGCGUGUGGGCACCAUGGGAGGAAUGCUCAGUAUCUUGUGGCCAAGGUACGCGGUCACGAUCACGAGGAUGUAACAACCCCCCAGCACAAUAUGGUGGAACUCCAUGCUCGGGGUUGGAUAACGAAAGAUUGACUUGCGUUGCCCCGCCAUGUGCCGUUAACGGAGCUUGGUCAAUAUGGGGUCCAUGGUUGCCAUGCACAAGCACGUGUGGCCACGGAUCACAGAUGAGACAUCGAUCGUGUAACAAUCCGUCGCCCUCUGGUGGAGGAUUCGAUUGCUUUGGACUUGAUUCUUCGUCGAGGUUAUGUGCCUUACAACCUUGUCCAGUUGAUGGUCAGUGGUCACCAUGGGGAUCAUGGGAUGUAUGCAGUGUAUCGUGUGGGGGAGGAUCAAGGAACCGCAUCCGGACUUGUUCGGAGCCAUAUCCACUCAAUGGAGGAAGACCAUGUUCGGGAUCAAGCUCACAACUCGAUCAUUGUAACGUGGAUCCUUGCUCUGUGAAUGGAGAUUGGGCGUCAUGGGGAACUUGGAGUGAAUGUUCGCGAUCGUGUGGUGGAGGACAAAUGAACAGAUAUCGUUCGUGUUCCAACCCAGCACCCAGGUUUGGAGGAAGGUUUUGCCCUGGAAGCGACUCCGACCUUCAACCUUGUGGUCUACAAUCUUGUCCAAUUGAUGGUCAGUGGGGAAGUUGGACACGGUGGGGAAGUUGUAGCAAAACUUGUGGCAACGGAGAAAGGACACGUAGUCGCUUGUGCAACGAGCCACGGCCUCAAUUUAGUGGCAGGUGGUGUUCAGGGGAUGCCACACAAUCAAGCUAUUGUAGAGAGACUUACUGUCAUGGUGGACCAAGAGAAGGAGAAGGGAUAGCGUUUGGAACAAUAAAUGAUAUUCCAUUUGGAGCAUCUGGUAUAUCAGCCAAUGGAACCGACAUUGGUGGAGACAAGACCAGGAUAGUUGCGGAAUUAGAUAAUAUUCCACCAUCAAUUGGAUCUGCUUUGAAGAGUCAAGUUUCAAUACUUAGUCCUAUAGCUUGGGUGAUGGCAAAGGAAAUAAAGGGGGCUUACAACGGAUACUCGUUAACAAGUGGUGUGUUUAAUCGUGUUGUUAUGGUUGAGUUUGCAAGUGGUGACACAGUAAAGAUGACUCAUCACGUUCAUGGAGUAAACGCUCGUGGAAAACUACAGAUGGAUGUGUCACUAGAGGGCACUGUACCGCAAACAAGCCCGAAUACUGAUAUUCAAAUUAAGGAUUACACUGAAGAUUAUCUACAAACAGGAGCUGGUUCAUUAUAUGCGUUCUCUGAUAGAUUAAUGGUAAUGGAUGGUUUCAUACUACCAUAUACUUGGAACCAUACUAUUACAUACAACUCUUCAAGAGGUUUGAUGCCUUUCCUGGUUGAGACACUUUCUGCAUCCGAUAUAUUGGUUGAGUACGAUGAAGUGCUCGAGAAACUUCGCUUCCAGUUGGAUGUUCAGAUCGCACCUGGGGAGCCAAGUGAUCGGUGUCCGGAAGGAUUCCUUCUGGAGGACACUGGAAGAUAUUGCAGAGAUGAGAAUGAAUGUGUUACCCAGCGUCCAUGUUCGCAUACAUGUACCAAUGCUCCUGGUUCGUUUGUAUGUGGCUGCCCUACUGGUUUCAAUAUGGGACCAGAUGGAAGGAAUUGUGAAGAUGUAGACGAGUGUUCAACAGGACAAUAUAUUUGCCAACCGACGACAGAAUGUCUCAAUACACUUGGUUCGUAUCGAUGUGUUAUUAAAUGCGGUGCUGGGCUUAAGAGGUCGGAAAAUGGAAGAACUUGUGAAGAUAUUGAUGAAUGCAUUGAUUCGGCUGAGAGAGUAUGUAGCCAGGUUUGCCUUAACACGAUUGGUUCAUAUCGAUGUGAGUGUCGUCAUGGUUACAGAAAGCGGUCUGGUGGUCGCUGCAUAGACAUCAACGAAUGUCGACCCAACAACCACGCUUGUCGAUCUGACCAAAGAUGUGAAAAUACUGAUGGAGGGUAUAGAUGUAUUGAUGAUUGUCCAACGGGGAUGGAAAAGAAUCUGUUUGCAGUCUGUGUUGAUAUUGAUGAGUGUGCCACGGGUAGGCAUGAAUGUGGAGUUGGCAUGCAAUGUGAAAACACUGAGGGUGGUUACACUUGCGAUUGUAGACCAGGAUUCAAAGCUUCAGGAAUUGAACCACCUUGCGUUGACAUCAAUGAAUGCCUGGACUACAACGAGAGUCCGUGUCCCCAUGGCUGCAUCAACACCAUUGGUUCAUUUGAAUGUAUUUGCCCUCUUGGGUUGCGGUACUUGGCAGAUGAUAAAUCAUGUGCAGGAUUAGUCCGAAUCCCAAACAACAACAAUGGUCGUCACCCUGUGUUAGAGAAUCCUGGUUUACUUCCCCAGCAUGGAAGAAUCUCGCUUGUCCCGUUGCGCAAUCAAAGAAUAUUCGCUCCUACUUUCACAUUCCGUGAUUUUCGAUGUCCAACUGGUUACAGAUACCAUGGUGGCAGAUGCAGAGAUAUUAAUGAAUGUAGAGAAGUCUCGGGCAUCUGUCAAUUCAGUUGCAACAACACAUUAGGAAGCUACAAAUGUUUGUGUCCUAUCGGUUACAGAGUUGCUGCUAACGGAAGGAAUUGUGAAGAUAUUGAUGAAUGUGCAGAAGGGUUGAUGCAUUGCUUACCUAACCAGAUGUGUUUUAACAAGAGAGGAUCAGCCUCGUGUCUCAACACACCUUGUCCACCAUCGUAUGUGAGAGUAUCUUCAAAUGGGUGAGUGGAAUAUUAUAAUGUCGAUGCCAUGGCACAGUGGUUGGUGCGCUUCCAACCCAGAGGUAAUGGGUUUAAGGCUCGCCGUUGCUACUAUUGUGGGCGUUUGUAUAAGACUAUAUUUAUAAGACUGUAACAUUUCAUACCAGUGCGGUGGCAAAGUGGUUAGCGUGCAUGCUUCUAACCCAGAGGUUAUUGGUUUAAGUCUUGUCGCUGCUAUCAU